AUGGAUGAAAAAGAAAUACCUGAGAAUCACGGCGAAAACGAUAAUGAGACCGGUGGAAUAAAUACGACUGAUAUAAAAGAAGUUAGCGAAAAUAAUUGUAUUAAAAGUGAAGAAAACAGUGAAUGUGGACCAAGUGAACCUGGUAGUAUACAAAAUAGUUUAAAAUGUGACGUUAUUAAAAGUGAUGUUGUAGAAAAGAGUGAAAAAUGUGACGAAAAAGAUUUUGAAGUAUCUAUCAGUGUUGGUGAUGAUACUACAGACACAGAAGAAAUUCAAAAAGAGGAACUUCAAGAAAUCUCAGAGUUAGAUACAGUAUCACUAGAGCCAGAAAAAGAAAUACAAGAUUUAGAAAAACAAGUUUUAGAUUCAGAAUCUAAACCUGAUGUCCAUCAGGAUAAACCUAGUUCUUGUGAUAAUGAAGAAAUUACUAAAUCUGAAAUUAGUGAAGAGCAUAUUGUUAAUAAUGAAGCAGAACCAACUGUGUCAAAAGAAAUAUUGAAAGAUGGUGAAGUAACAAAAUUAGAGACUGAAACCGUUAGUACAGAAUGUACAGAAGACAUAAAAUCAAGUAUUGACAACCCUGACACUGAAAACGCUGAAUGUAUAGAAAACAUAAAAUCAAAUAUUGACAACCCUGAUAUAGAAAAUAAAAGUUCUAACACAGAAAGUAAAACAAAAGAACAGAGUCAAGAACAUGUAAACGAGGCUAAUGAAGAGGAUUAUGAAAGAAGAGAAGUCGGCAAACCUGAGUUUGAAACGGCUCCUAAUGUGUCUAUGGAUGAUCACCAUGAAGAUCAUACACAGGCCCUCGAUCCAUUUGAUGCCCUCUUGAAGGACAGAACAGAUACAGCGGAAACAUCAGAGACAGCCGCUCAAGCUGAUUUAUCCUCAGUUGAUAUAGACGAUGAUGAUCACCAUAAUGAUGAUCAUCAGGCCGAUGAUGUCCAUGAUAUCAUCCCUGAUGAUGAAGAUGAACCUCAUCCAGAUGAUGAGAGCGGCAUACCAGAUAUAACGGAGCAACCAGGAGCAGACGAAGAAGUGUGUUUGUUACCAGACACAGAAAGAGAAAUAUCUGAGGCUGAUAAAGCAGCCGCUGAAAAAGUUUUAGCUGAGAAGAGAAAAAGGGAUGAAGAAGCUGCACUCGCAGAAUUGGCUAUGCCUAAAGAAGAGGCUGAGGUGACUGAAUGUAAUGAAAUUGGGGCAGAAGAACAGGUUCAGGAGGAUGUUAACGAAAGUCUGGAGGGGGAGGGGGAAGUAUCCGUUGGGGAUACGUCACAGGAUAAUGUAGGGGACAAAGAAAACGAUCAGGAGGAUGCAGUCGAUUUUGAACAAGAAGAGCCAGAACCUAAUUCAAUUCGUCAAAUAAGUGCCACUGACUCUCUCUGUGUACAGUGUAAUGAAGAGAAAUCAUGUCAGUACAGAUAUACAGACAAAGACGGAGCCGUACAUUAUAUAUGCGUCCUCGGUUGUGUUAAAUUAUUCCAAACGGCGCAUCCCGGACAGUACAUCGUUGUAAAUAAAAAAUAUAUGGUCGAAGAAAUUAUACCCAAAGUACUAACGUGUUCGGAGUGUGAGGAGAAAAAGACAUGUUAUUUUUAUUACAAUUUUGACGGUGAAGACACGAACUACUGUUCAGUAGAAUGUCUGCACAGCAUGAUGGCGGACGAAAGAGACAAAUACACGUUCAAAAGACGAAGGAUAACUGUUGAGGAAAAGUCGCCCAAGGAAGAUCAGUGUUGCGUCUGUGAAAACACUAAGGAAUGUAUAUAUAAUUUGACGCGAUACGGACAACAGUUAUGGAUUUGUGACCAAACGUGCCUCAGAGCGAUCAAUAGUACAGAAAACGGUAGGUAUUUAUUGAGAAAGAAAAGAGUACAAAGGGUACAACCAAAAAAAGGCGUUAAGACUAAUCCACCACUGCUCAAGUUGAAAGUUAUCAGUAAUGCGACUGAUAAAUACUUAGACGAGGCUUAUAAAGUACAAGGAAAGUCACCGGCGAUGGUUCAAGCGGCCAGGGAAGAGAGGGAACGGACUUUUAUAAGACUGUGUAUGAACUGUCACAGUGUACUCGAUAAUGAGGAAAAAAUGCUGACGUGGGAAGCCAUGGACUUUUGUAACGAAACAUGUCUAGGAAGAUAUCAGAAUAAAUUCGGUUCUAAAUGCACCAAUUGCAAAGCACUCGUACAACACACUAGCUUAGGAAAAUACUGCGUUAGGUUCGGAUAUAAUAUACGACAAUUUUGUAACUCAGCGUGUUUGGAGGAUUUUAAAAAGGGUUUGAAGAUUUGUUGUUACUGUCAGAAAGAUAUAUCAGACGGCAGUCAAGGGUUCCUAGCUCCCGUGGGGGACAAGGGCCAGUUUAAAGACUUCUGUUCGCAAUUAUGUAUGGAGAAGUUUGAUAAAAUGAGCAAAAAUCCAGUUCCUAGGCCUGUAUGGGCGAAGUGUGCGGUGUGUUCGUUAGAGAAAGCUACAACUAUCGAGGUUGAAGUUGCUCCUGAUGAAUCACAGAGGCUGUGUUCCGAUCCUUGUUUUGCUGCUUUCAAGUUCGUCAAUAAUAUUUUUCCCGAUCAAUGCCGAUGGUGUAAAAUAUAUUUUGAGAGGAAAAUAAGUAAAUUUUUUACGAUAUACGAGGGUUCAUCGCCCCAGUGCUUCUGUUCCAAGUCCUGUAUGAAUAUCUAUAUAAGUAAUUCAAGACACAUAGUACCCUGUAACUGGUGCAAAGUUAAAAAGUACAAUUUCGAUAUGAUCAAACGAGUACAACCCAACGGACAGGACAUUAUGAUGUGUUCAGUAAACUGUUUGAAUCUGUAUCAAGUAUCCAUUAAUGCUGUGUCUUCAAGAAGAACGAAAUGUGAUUUAUGCAAGAAUUCUGCUCUGGCGCAAUAUCACCUCACCAUGUCGGACGCUACUGUUCGAAACUUCUGUACAUACCAGUGUGUGAUGACAUUCCAGGGACAAUAUUCAAAACAACCGGCUCCAGUAAUGUCUGGGGAGUCUAUCGACCAACAGAAGGCUGUUCCCACGGGCGCCCCCCGGCGGACGUAUAACGCGAACACUCACAAAAAUAAUAGAACUAUGAAGGGUCAAAAUCGUACCGGUUCAGGCAUGCCUGUGAUAUCGAACGUGCAGUCAUUAGCUGCGCCGCCGCCUUUAGUGCCUACGAACGCUCGCAGCAAGACCAAGCGGGUGACGCCCGAGGAAAACGCGGCGGAGCCCGCCAUCCCACAACCGCCGAGACCGCCCACCCCGCCACCGCCACCUCCCAAGAUAUACAACCACGUGAUCGUCAAGACACUCCCUCCACAAGAGGUCGCUAAUAAAGCGACUAUGUCCAAACCAAUGAUGGUGUCUAAAGGAGUGUCAUGUAGACCUCAUCCAUGUACGAAGGAGUGUCAGACAGACCCCAGUCUAGAGCGUCGUGUUCUGAUACCGGUUCCAGUUCCUAUAUACGUCCCCGUUCCGUGUGUGAUGUGGUCGCUGCCGUUUCCGGUUCCCGUACCCAUACCCAUUCCCAUACCGACGCCGGUAUUCAUACCGACGACUAGGAAUUCGGCUAAGGGUAUAAUGAAGGAAAUUAAUAAGAUACAUGACAAAAUGCCGACUGAUCCAUUCGAGGCUGAACUAUUGAUGAUGGCUGAGAUGGUGGCCGGAGACAAGAAGAAGGAUCACAGUGACUCAGACACCGAGGACGAAAACGAGGAAGGAUUCAGUCCAGUGGCUGGUAUGGACGGUAAUAAUGCAUUCGGCGAAGACGUGCUGCAAAUGGCAUUAAAAAUGGCCACCGAAUACGAAGACCAGCCCGUGGAUUUGGAGUCAGCUAUGACCGCUAACACCAUCACACCCAGCUCACAUCCGGGAAUGCCAGGUCUAGAAGGCGAGGGCAUGCACCAGCACCAUAUGAUGGUAUUGGAACAGCAGCGCGCUGUGGCAGCCCUGCGCGCAUCAAGCGUGGGCGGCGUGGGCGUGGGCGGUGUGGGCGUAGGCGUGGGCGUCGCUCGGAAAAGAGCGCCCACGGUUGCACCUCGUGGGCGACCUUCAAAACGACGGCGGGAACCCGCGCCUGCGCCGCCGCCCGACCCGCCUCGCGAACCGCAGGAAAAACCGGAUGCUAAUAUGUGUCUUAAGUACACUUUCGGUGUCAACGCGUGGAAGCAGUGGGUUAUGACUAAGAACGCGGAAAUAGAGAAGAGUUCUAUAAGAAGAAAACCUUUUAAAUCUGAAAUAUUACAACUUACGGCCGACGAGUUAAACUAUUCCCUUUGUUUGUUUGUUAAAGAGGUGCGGAAACCUAACGGCAGUGAAUACGCACCGGACACUAUUUAUUAUUUGGUUUUAGGAAUUCAACAAUAUCUUUUUGAAAACGGUAGGAUAGACAAUAUAUUCACGGAUCCAUAUUACGAAAAGUUCACAGACUGUUUGGACGAAGUUGCGAGGAAAUUUUCAGUUUUAUAUAACGAUUCCCAAUACAUCGUGACUCGUGUAGAAGAAGAACACCUCUGGGAAAGUAAACAACUAGGCGCACACUCCCCACACGUGCUGUUGUCCACACUUAUGUUCUUUAACACUAAACAUUUUAAUCUAGUAACUGUAGAGGAACAUAUGCAGCUAUCAUUCUCACAUAUAAUGAAGCAUUGGAAGCGAAAUCCAAAUCAACCCGGACAAGCCAAAAUACCUGGCUCAAGAAAUGUUCUACUUAGGUUCUACCCUCCACAAUCAGCAUUAGAGGCGAAUUCAAGAAAAAAGAAAGUAUAUGAACAACAAGAGAAUGAGGAAAACCCGCUGAGAUGUCCAGUUAAAUUAUAUGAAUUUUAUAUAUCGAAAUGUCCGGAGUCAGUUCGUACAAGGAACGACGUGUUCUACCUUCAGCCUGAGCGUUCCUGUGUCCCGGACUCGCCCGUGUGGUACUCAACACAGCCUCUCAGUAGAGCAGCACUCGCUAAGAUGCUGCACAGAGUUAAGAUGGUUAAGGAGAUUAACAUCGCGCUGCUCACCAGCUAA